GGGGGAGGAGGGCCCGGACGGGAAUCCUUCUUCAUGGGGCUUUUUCAGGGGUCGAUCGGUACUGAAGUGCUGAAGGCGCCAAGAUUGACAGCGGUAGUGUGGAUACCGUACCGCCACCGCACCGCUCAGGUGCCGGGUUAUAGUGCUGACGGGCCAAUGAAGGCUGAUGGGCGGUGCAUGUGGACUUACUUGUUCACGGAUGGAGAUCCUGCUAAGAAUAAUUCUGUUCCAAUGUUACCUCGCGAGCGAGCUGAGUAGCCUUGUAGGUUGCGUUGAACGAGGCUGGCUUGCAAACUUGUGUGUCUUGCUGUCGAAAUACUUCCGCCUCUGAAUCUGGUACCUCUAAGUCAGAAGUAUACACAAUGUUAGGAUCAAAACAGCAAGAAUACCAGAUAGUGGCCGAGAAAGACUCGGACCAUGAAAGUAUCGCUACAGACGAGAUCUCUAAUCCUCCUCCUCGAAAGAGUUCUUCGAGUCGAGUGCUGGCCGGUCUGUUAGCACUCUCACUAUCGAUUCACGUUCUGGCUUUCCUGUCAUAUUGUUGGUAUUGGCCAGCUGCAAGAAGGGACGCUCAACUUUCUACGUAUAGUAAAUUACCCACGACAUAUGUCACGCUACCAAGAAACUCGGAAUUUACAGACGACAAUGAGACCGUGGCGGAUAUGGCAUGGGAUUCGCUAAAUAUGGACGCAGCGGCCGUUGCGUUGACAGAUGAGUUCGUGCUGAAGCAUAAUCUACCGCCCGCGGCUCGAUUUCCGUGGGAUGAGAGUAAGGGAUUGUAUUAUCUCGAGGGGUUUCACAACUUACAUUGUCUGAAACUCAUCCGUAGAAGUCUAAGCGAUUACCGACAAGACAAGCCUCAAAGCCUUCCAAAGCAUCACAUUAACCACUGCCUCGAGUCCAUGAGACAGUACGUGAUGUGCAAAGCGUCGGAUCUACCGAUAGCAGCGAUAGAGGGCAAGACGGAUGCGUCGAGAGACGAGCAGCAGCGGCAGUGUCGGAGUUGGGAUGCGCUGGUGGAGUGGUCGACGGAUCCGGAGCGGGAGGCGUGUUGGGCGAUGGUGGAUGAGUAUAAGACGACGAUUCAUAAUGUGGAGAAGUUUGCGUAUUGUAAGGAGGAGUCGAGGUAUUAUCCGAAGAUGAAGGAGUAUUUUGAGGAGCAUGGGCAUAGGGAUCCCUUUAGCUAGUUUCUCGACUGAGGAGUACUUGUAAGAAUUGAUUUUUGUACAG